AUUAGUUGCCGGAUGGUUUUCUUUUCUUUAACUCAGCCGGUCACACUAUCUGAUUGCCGUGCUGUCACUUUGGCUGAUGCAAUUGCAGUUUUUAAGUUAAAACAAAAUUAAUUUCCAGUCAACUAGUAUUCUAAAAGCCCAAACACAAUGGACGCGGAAGACGGUUUUGAUCCCACUUUGUUGAAAAAGAAGAAGAAGAAGAAGACCACCUUCGAUCUGGACGCGGCAUUGGGCCUGGAGGAUGACACCAAAAAGGAGGAUCCCCAGGAUGAGGCAUCGGCGGAAGGAGGUGCCGCCGCCGAGGAGGAUAAUCUAGAUCUGGAGAGUUUCGGCAAGAAGAAGAAAAAGAAGAAGAAGCCCUUCAACAUGGACGAGAUCGAGGCAGCGAUCCCCAGCUUCGGCGGCGAUGAUGUGGCCGCUACCGAGGAGCCCGAGGAGGAGGAGAUAAACCUAGACAUGGACUUCUCGAUGGCCAAAAAGAAGAAGAAGAGCAAGAAGAAGGAACUGGACGAGCUGUUCGCAGACAAAGGGGACGACGACAGGAGCGAAGACAAGGAGAAUGUUGAGGAUAAUAGCUCGACCUGGUUUGGCUCCGAUCGCGAUUACACAUACGACGAGUUGCUGAAGCGGGUCUUCGAAAUCAUUCUGGACAAAAAUCCGGACAUGGCCGCCGGUCGCAAGCCAAAGUUCGUGAUGCGUCCGCCGCAGGUACUGCGCGUGGGAACCAAGAAGACCUCCUUUGCCAACUUCAUGGACAUUGCGAAAACGCUGCAUCGCCUGCCCAAGCAUCUGCUCGACUUCCUGCUGGCCGAGUUGGGUACCAGCGGCUCCAUGGACGGCAACCAGCAGCUGAUCAUCAAGGGCCGUUUCCAGCCCAAACAGAUCGAGAAUGUGCUGCGUCGCUACAUCAAGGAGUACGUCACCUGUCACACCUGCCGCUCCCCGGAGACGAUAUUGCAGAAGGACACGCGACUCUUCUUCCUGCAGUGCGAAUCCUGUGGCUCCCGCUGCUCGGUGGCCAGCAUCAAGUCAGGUUUCCAGGCUGUCACCGGCAAACGUGCCGCCAUUCGAGCAAAAACAACCUAAAUUCUCCUUAUUUAAACUUUUUGAACUUUUAUUACCAGUAAAAUUUCAAUACAAAAAACCCAAUACUA